UACGCUGCCUCUUGUAAGCAGAGUUGGGAGUAACAUCAGGCUGCGGUAGGAUAUCCACACAGGAGGAGGUCUUCCAGGAUGACUGUGAAAAAAGCAUUAAAAACAUCCCUGAUGUUUAAUGAGUCCUCCAACAUGAAAUUAAGCGUGAACAAUCAAAAAGACGUCAAAAUGUUUCAAAUCUUAGGGGCAAUUUUGAUACUUGGUCUUGUCCUGAUGGCUGUUUACUUCAUGAGAGUGGACAGCAUAGUUGAUCCUAAGGGAGAAAAAGCAGUUGUCAACAUUUACGAAGAGGUGGAGGAGGAAGAAGGAAUCUACGGAGAUCUCCCAGGAACCACAGUAAUUGAGGAGGACACCAAUAAGUCCAAUGAUUCCUGCAGCUUUGAACUUGUGGAAAAUGUUCCUUAUGACUUAGCUUUUGAGAUAAAUAGCACUGCAGCCAAACCCUUGUACCAAGCCUGGAUGAGACUCCUUGAUAUAGCCCAGGAAGAAAUUCAUGUGGCUUCUUACUAUUGGUCUCUUACUGGGAAGGAUAUCAACGUCAAUGAUUCAUCUUCUAAGCAGGGUGAAGAUAUUCUGAAGAGGUUUGAGAGAUUACUCGCAGAGAAUGUCUCUGUGUACGUUGCAGCAAGUAUGCCAACUUUGGCUACAAAUUCAACUGACCUUGAGCUUUUAGAGGAAAAAGGGGCUCACGUAAAAAAGAUUGAUUUUGGACAUUUGGCAGGAGGAGUGUUGCAUAGCAAAUUCUGGAUUGUAGACAUGAAACACAUAUAUAUUGGUAGUGCAAAUAUGGACUGGAGAUCUUUAUCUCAGGUGAAAGAGUUUGGUGCUGUGAUAUACAACUGCAGCUGCUUGGCCAAAGACCUCCAGAAAACAUUUAGUACUUACUGGGAUCUUGGACAUGCUAAUGCUACCAUCCCAUUCCCUUGGCCUCUUAAUUAUUCUACCCACAUUAACAAACGUCAGCCUCUGGAAGUAGAAUUCAAUGGAAUCUUGACAAAAGCCUAUUUUUCUGCUUCUCCUCCAGCAUUUUGUCCAGAAGGUCGCACCCACGACCUCUUUGCUAUAAUCAGUAUUAUCAGUGAGGCACAGAAAUUUGUCUAUGUUUCUGUUAUGGAAUAUUUCCCUACCAGCCGUUUUGUUCAUCCAGAAAGAUACUGGCCAGCCAUUGACAAUGCUCUGAGACGUGCAGCUUUCAACUACAGAGUACAAAUCCGGCUUCUGGUCAGCUGCUGGACCCACUCUGACCCAGCCAUGCUUUACUAUCUGAGGUCCCUGCGUGCUCUCAACAACCCACGUGCCCACAUCAGUGUUGACGUGAAACUCUUCAUUGUUCCAGUUCUGAAUCACACAAAUAUUCCUCAUGGGAGAGUGAAUCACAACAAAUAUAUGGUCACUGAUAAAGUAGCCUAUAUUGGGACUUCCAAUUGGUCAGAAGAUUACUUCAUUAAUACAGCUGGCGUGGGACUAAUUAUCAAACAGAAUUCGACCAACCUGCAAAGAAGACAACUGCCUAUCCAGGAACGAUUAAAAAAACUUUUUGAGCGAGACUGGAAUUCCAAAUACGCAGUGAAUCUGGAAGAUGUGCAGGGACAGAAAGACUGUAACUGGAGGGGCAGACUCUGAAGU